CCUUUAAGAUGAAAAUUUUGCGAAUUUUUUCAUUCAUUUCUGUUUUUGUUAUUAUGGAUUGUUGCAAAUUCAACGCUCAAGUAAGAUCGGAAACAGAUAGGGAUGUAUGGGCCCAGUUCACCUGGUUCAACAAAACGGAUUCCGAAAUUUUUAAAUUUUCGAAGUAUGGGGAAACAAAGAAUUUUACAAUCACUGGAACUAUAUGCAACUUGUCUCCAACAAUUUUAAAAUCGUGGGAACAGUUUCCUAAGAAAGGAGUAAAUCCAGUUGGACAAACGUCGGCUCAUCUGGAAGGGAUGGGCGGCACAAUAUACUAUAAAGUAUUCCCGAAAGAUGGACCAGCUGCUGUUAGAUCCGAAGGAAUGCUAUGUUCCUGGGGUCAGUGCCGUCUUGGAAAAUGAUUUCAAGCAUCAAGUUAUCAUAUUCUUAUUUUAAACCGUUCUUUAUGAUUCAAAAAGUAUAUAAAUUGAACUUUAAAUCGAAUUACUAUCUAUCUUCUUUCCGUUCCGUCUUUUUUUUCCGCACAGUCUCUUCUUAAUUGCUUUUCACGUUCAACAUUGGGCGCCCCUCAAAAAAAAGUUUUGUGUAAUAAAUGAUCUCGAAACU